AUGUCACUAAGCCUUUGCCCAACACACACACACACACACAAACAAGAACAGAAGGAGAGUGUUUGUGUUCCUCUGUGAGAAGACCAUGUGCAAAGGAGCCUAAAGAAGAGACCUCUAGGGACAGUGCAGAGUGUGUGAAAAGUGUGUCAGGAGUGUGUGUGAGAAGUGUGUGUGCGGAGUGUGUGAGUCAUGUCCAUGUUGCAGUGUGUGUGUGGCGUCUCGGUCAGACGUUUUCACAACAUUCCAGCACUCUGGAACCAACAUGCGGCUAAAGGUGUUCGUUAUAAGGACUUAUUGGUGGGCGUUCCUAAGGAAAUCGUAAAGAAUGAGCGGCGCGUUGCGGUGUCCCCUGCGGGCGUAGAGGCGCUAGUAAAGCAGGGUUUCCAGGUGACGGUGGAAGAAGGAGCUGGCCGAGAGGCAAAGUUCUCCGACCAGCAAUACCAAGCUGCAGGGGCCUCGAUCACAAACACCAUGGGAGCAUUUAACUCGAACCUUGUGCUCAAAGUGCGAGGACCAGUGUUUAAUGACUCCUUGGGCCUCCAUGAGGCAGAGCUGCUGAAGGAAGGUUCCACUCUGGUGAGUUUUAUUUACCCGGCGCAGAAUGCCGAGCUGAUGGAGAGACUGGGGCAGCGUCGUAGCACUGUCCUCGCCAUGGACCAGGUACCACGUGUCACCAUUGCUCAGGGCUACGAUGCCCUUAGCUCCAUGGCCAACAUUGCUGGGUAUAAAGCUGUGGUCCUUGCUGCAAACCAUUUUGGUAGAUUUUUUACUGGUCAAAUUACAGCAGCAGGGAAGGUUCCUCCUGCAAAGGUGCUAGUGAUUGGAGGUGGAGUAGCUGGCCUAGCUGCUGCAGGAGCCGCUAAAUCUAUGGGAGCGAUUGUGAGAGGUUUUGACACCAGACCUGCAGCUCUGGAGCAGUUUAAGUCUUUUGGGGUGGAGCCUCUGGAGGUGGAUCUGAAGGAAUCUGGGGAAGGAAUCGGAGGCUACGCCAAGGAGAUGUCCAAAGAGUUCAUCGAGGCUGAGAUGGCUUUGUUCGCCAAACAGUGCAAAGAAGUGGAUAUCAUCAUUAGCACCGCGCUUAUUCCUGGUAAGAGAGCACCUGUGUUAAUAAAGAGGGAGAUGGUGGAGAGUAUGAAGGAUGGGUCAGUGGUGGUGGAUUUGGCAGCAGAAGCAGGAGGAAAUAUAGAGACAACAAAACCUGGAGAACUGUACACACACAAGGGAGUAACACACGUUGGUUACACAGAUCUGCCGAGUCUCAUGGCCACUCAGGCGAGCGCUUUGUACUCCAACAAUGUGCUGAAGCUGCUGAAAGCCAUCAGUCCUGAUAAAGAGAAAUUCCACUUUACCCCCAGCGACACAUUCGACUACGGCACCAUCGAUCAUGUCAUCAGAGGCACUGUGGUCAUGCUGGAUGGUAGGAAUAUUUUCCCCGCCCCCUUACCGAGCACGGCCCCGCCCACCGCACCAGCCAAACAGAAAACAGUCGCCGAGCUGGAGGCAGAGAAAAGGGCGAGCAUUUCUCCAUUCAGAAAAACCAUGACCUCUGCCGGAGUUUACACAGCAGGCAUGUCCUCAGUGAUCGGGCUGGGCCUCAUCUCCCCCAACGCGGCGUUCACUCAGAUGGUGACGACAUUCGGCCUGGCAGGAAUCAUUGGGUAUCACACGGUGUGGGGCGUCACCCCCGCUUUACACUCCCCGCUAAUGUCCGUUACCAAUGCCAUCUCAGGUCUGACAGCAGUAGGUGGUUUGGUGUUGAUGGGUGGAGGACUCUUUCCUUCUACACUUCCGGAAUCUCUUGCUCUGCUUGCUGCCUUUGUUUCCUCAAUCAAUAUUGCAGGUGGGUUUCUCAUCACACAGAGGAUGUUGGACAUGUUUAAGAGACCUACAGAUCCUCCAGAGUAUAAUUACCUGUACACAAUCCCCGGAGCUGUGUUUGUGGGCGGAUAUGGAGCGGCGCAUUUCUCCGGAUACAACAUUGAACAGAUGAUGUAUCUGGGUGCGGGUCUGUGCUGUGUUGGGGCGUUAGCUGGUCUCUCGGCUCAGGGUACCAGUCGCCUUGGUAACGCGUUAGGGAUGAUUGGAGUGGCAGGUGGUAUCACUGCUACACUCGGAGCGCUCAAACCGUCACCUGAACUCCUGACACAGAUGACCCUCGCCAUGGCAACCGGAGGAACUCUGGGUCUCACAGUGGCUAAGAAGAUCGAGAUCUCAGACCUUCCUCAGCUGGUUGCUGCGUUCCAUAGUCUGGUGGGACUCGCGGCAGUUCUUACCUGCGUUGCAGAGUUCAUGAUUGAGCACCCGCACCUCGACACUCAUCCAGCUGCCUCAGUGCUAAAGUGUGUCGCCUACCUGGGGACAUACAUCGGCGGAGUGACCUUCACCGGCUCCCUCGUGGCCUACGGCAAGCUGCAAGGUCUUCUGGACUCCGCCCCCCUGCUCCUCCCUGGUCGUCACCUGUUGAAUGCGAGUCUGAUGGCUGCCUCUGCAGGGGGAUUAGUGCCCUUCAUGCUAACUGACAAUUACAUGAUGGGGAUGGGCUGUCUGCUUUCUGUCUCCGCUCUCUCUGGGGUCAUGGGUGUGACUCUGACUGCAGCGAUAGGUGGCGCUGACAUGCCUGUAGUGAUCACGGUGUUGAACAGUUACUCAGGUUGGGCUCUGUGUGCUGAAGGUUUCCUGCUCAAUAAUAACCUCAUGACUAUUGUGGGAGCUCUGAUUGGCUCAUCCGGCGCCAUCCUCUCUUACAUCAUGUGUGUGGCAAUGAAUCGAUCUCUUCCUAACGUGAUCCUGGGUGGAUACGGAACCACAUCCUCAGCCGGAGGAAAGCCGAUGGAGAUCGUAGGCACACACACCGAAGUGAACCUGGACCAGGCUGUGGAGCUGAUCAAAGAGGCCAACAGCAUUAUCAUCACACCUGGUUGGGGUCUGUGUGCAGCGAAGGCUCAAUAUCCCAUCGCGGACAUGGUAAAGAUGCUGAGAGAGCAGGGCAAAACUGUCAGGUUUGGGAUUCACCCAGUGGCAGGACGCAUGCCAGGGCAGCUGAACGUGCUAUUGGCUGAAGCUGGGGUUCCUUAUGAUGUCGUUCUGGAAAUGGAUGAGAUUAACGAGGAUUUCCCUGACACUGAUUUGACGCUCGUGAUCGGUGCCAACGACACGGUGAACUCCGCAGCUCAGGAGGAUCCAAACUCCAUCAUCGCCGGGAUGCCUGUGCUGGAGGUGUGGAAGUCCAAGCAGGUGAUUGUGAUGAAGCGGACAUUAGGGGUAGGUUACGCCGCCGUGGAUAAUCCCAUCUUCUACAAACCCAACACUGCCAUGCUGCUGGGAGACGCCAAGAAAACCUGCGACAGUCUGCAGGCAAAAAUCAGAGACUCCUUCAGCAUGAACUAGAGAGACGACAUUUAAUAUCACUGUAAUAAAGUGCAUUACAUCA